AUAUCCACAGCACAUUGCAUACCGUAUUCUUAGCUCCAUCAUGGGAAACGACGGCGGCAGCAUUCCUCGCCGUAGCGAGAUGGUCAAAGAAAAGCAAAAAAGCGAGACUGCAGACAGAGCCGCUCAGCUACAAGCCAUGUUCUACUACUGUGCGCUCUCGAAGCAGCCGCUGAACACCCCGAUUGUUGGCGACGCCCUCGGCCGCCUGUACAACAAGGACGCAGUCCUCAAUUACCUCCUCGACAAGAGCUCAUUUGGCGACACCCAGUCGAUCUGCGCCCAUAUCAAAUCCCUGAAAGACGUGGCAACGCUGACGCUCAAACCCAAUUCCACCAGCAAGCAGGCCACCAAAACAUCGAUUUUGUCGUUUGACACACAGCAGCCAGCACCGUUUGUCUGUCCGAUCAGCAUGAAGGAGAUGAACGGGCAUACGCAGUUCGAGUUCAUUUGGACGUGCGGAUGUGUGUUCGCUGCUAUGGCGCGCAAGGAGAUGGCGGGGAAGUCGACUGGGUGCCCGGUGUGCGCACAGCCGUUUGUGGAGCGCGACGUGGUUCCUGUCAACUCGCUGGAUGAGGGCGUGCUGGAUGCGCUGAGGGAGCGCAUGGGGGAGCGCAAGUCGGAGGAGAAGGCGAAGAAAUCCAAAAAUAGAUCCAAGCGCAAGCGGGCGGUGCUGGAUGAUGGCACUGGCGCUCUGCCAGGCAAUGGACUGUCGCUGGAUGCAAGCAGGGCUGCCAAGGCCCGGAAAUCAAAGGCGUAGCUCUUUGCCCAGUGGGUUUUUUUUAAUAUAAUCGUUUUGUGCC